UGCAUGUGAAAAUGAACUAUCUGCUGGUGUUAAUAAUCAGUGCGGUGGCCGUCGGGGCUCAAGAGGAUGCCGUAGCGCCCGAUGCAGCGAGCCAGGAUAAUACGGAAGACGUGGAAAGCAUCGACGUGGGUGCAGCAAGAAGCGACGUCGGCGACGCCGAUCCCAAGCCCGUUCCCGUCGAGGAAAACAACGGCGGGGCGGUUACGAAUAACCUCAAUUACGACGCUCCCGUAGAACAACGCUCCCGUAAAUUAACAAAUUUCGAUAGCGAAAUAAUUGAUACUAACAGUUCCAAACCCAAUUGGACUUUCCAGAAAAAAACUAAAUCUGGAAAAUACGUUACUUAUUAUGGGGCCAAUUAUGACCCCAUGACAUCAGCCACCGCCCCUCCGGACACCGAUCAAAGAGGUGGAGGCAUCCCUUACCUCAUUACCGAAACCAGGUUAGCGGACAUUAGGAAACACUUUAUGUAUCCGUUCUUCGAUAAAGGGGGCAACGGGGACAACGAGGGGGAUUAUCAGAAGGAAAUCCAAUCCUCUACGCCCCAAGUCCACAAGAAUAUGAACUUCCAAUUGCCUUUCUUCGGAUUCAGGUAUAAUUACACGAGAGUCUCCAUCAACGGUUAUUUGGAAUUCAGCGAUCCACCUCCGAAUUACGAUUACCCAUUAGUUUUUCCGGUUAAAGACUGGCCUAAACGAAACGAUCCAGCUUUUAUUGGUAUUUUCUUCAGUAAAUGCAAAAUCGGUAACCUUCGCGACGAAGACGCCGACAAACGUAAACCAGGUGUAUACUUCCGAAUGGAAAGAGACCUCAGGGACAGACAAGACAGAAUGGGAGUGGAAAUAAGGGAAAGAUUGAAAUGGGACAUCAGAGAGGGAGUAAUCGGUUCGGAAACCUUCAAUCCCAAACACGCCAUAAUCGUCACAUGGAAAAACGUAUCGUUCAAUGGAGGAUUCGGCCCCGCAGUUUUUCAAACCAAUACAUUUCAAAUGGUCCUCGCUACUGACGAAGUAUUCACGUACGCAAUAUUCAACUACCUAAACUUGGAAUGGACCAGUCACACGGAAGCCGGUGGAGACACCAGAAACGGGGAAGGCGGUGUACCGGCAUUCGUUGGAUUCAACGCCGGUAACGGUACAAGAAGCUACCAGUACAUGCCCUACAGUCAAGCAUCCGUCAUUCGAGAUUUGACAGCGACCGGUUGGGGUAACGGCAAACCGGGAAGACACAUUUUCCGAAUCGACGAGAACAUCCUGCUAGGUUCUUGUAACAAAGAUAUCGAUGGGGCUAAUUUACCCCUUCAAUUUGCGCCGGAGAGCGGUAAUAUGUUGGGAGGAACCGUCGUCAACAUCACAGGUCCCUGUUUCAAUCCCAACGAUAGGAUCAGGUGUAAAUUCGACGUGUUCGAUGAAGUUGUCGGAUACGUCGUCGACAGGAACAGAGCCAUUUGCAUUCAACCUCCUCUUUACACAGAAGGUUGGGUCAGACUGCAAAUCGCCGUCAAUUCGGAAGCGUUCAAAUGGAAGGGAAAAUACUACGUCGAAUCGCCCGCCACCGCCUCCCAGAAGAUCUUCUUCAAAGACAUGAAGUACCACGAGAAGUCGCCCAGCGAGUUUCGCAUCACGUGGCAGAAGCAGAAUUUGACCACCAACGAAAAUGCUAACAUCAGAAUCUCCUUGUGGGGCUACAGGGAAACUACCAUGAGACCUACGUUCGUUUACAUAACUGAAAUAGCCAGUACCCAGAACGCCGGGGAGUUCCUGAUCUCGCCGUCGCAGUACAGGGGCAAAGUCAACCAAUUCUUAAGUGACAUCAAGUUUGGAUUCUUGCAAAUAAAUUUGACUGAAUCGGUAAAGGUCAACAUUUACUCGACGACCAAUCAAAACGUCGAGAUUACACCGGUUAUUUGGAGCCGGCCGAUUCCGCUUGCUUGGUAUUUCCAAUUCCAAUGGGAGAGUCAAUACGGGAAGAACUGGCCCAAACACCUCUGCGACGAUUGGCUCAGAACGGACAGAUAUCUGAAGAAUUUCGCACACGAAUUACCCCAAUGCCCUUGCACAGUCCAACAGGCUUUGGCGGACAAGGGAAAAUUCAUGCCCGACUUUGAUUGCGACAAAGAUUCGAAUCCUGUUUGUUAUUACAAUAACCAAGCUUUGCAUUGCGUCAAAACUGGUGCACCCACAAUGGAAGGUUCCGAGCAACAAUGUUGCUACGACAAGAACGGUUACCUGAUGCUAUCCUACGAUCAACAAUGGGGUUCGAGUCCUCGUCGAUGCCACAACUUGGGAAAAAUGCCUUACAAUGAAGCCACCAAAGUCCCCACGCUGUCUCAAUGGUUCAACGACAUAGUGCCCAAAUACCUCUGUUGUCUCUGGCAGGAAGAGCAAGCCGUGGGCUGCGAAACCCUGCGAUUCGAACGAAGGCCUUCGCAGGAUUGCGUCGCCUAUCAAGCGCCAGGUGUAGCAGGAGUGUACGGUGACCCGCACAUAGUCACCUUCGACGACGUCGAAUACACAUUCAACGGUAAAGGGGAGUACUCCUUAGUGAAAUCGGUCAAGGUGGACGAUAAUUUGGAAAUACAGGCGAGAUUCGAGCAAAUGAGCCCCAAUGCUUAUGGAGAGGUGAGAGCGACGCAACUAACGGCGAUCGUGGCUAAAGGAAACAAGACUAUUCCCAUUGAAGUUAGAAGUAGACCGAUGGAAUCCAGAUGGAGGUAUAGAUUAGAUGUUAUAGCCGAGAACAGGAGGUUGUACUUUGAUAGACCUUCGUUGAAAUUCCAACAUUUCCAAGGCGUGACUGUUUAUACACCAACCUACAUUCUAAAUCAAUCUGAAGUACUGAUAAUGUUCGACAACGGCGCCGGUGUUGAAGUUCUGGACAAUCAAGGGUACAUGAGCGCCAGAGUAUACUUACCUUGGUCGUUUAUAAAUAAAACGGUUGGAUUGUUCGGAAAUUGGAGUUUCAACAAAGAAGACGACUUCACCCUGCCGGACGGUUCCAAGGCGGCCGUGGUGUCAAACAUCAACGACAUGGAGAGAGUGUACAACGACUUCGGUUCGAAAUGGAUGCUCGACGACGUCGGCGACGAGCGCAAAGGCCAGUCCUUGUUCUACAGGGAAUUCGGCCGCACCUCGGCCACCUACAACAACAAGACCUUCAGGCCGCAGUUCCUGAUGCUGCCCGAAGACAUCCUACCGCCGAACAGAUCGGAGCAAAUACAGCGCACCUACGAGGUGUGCUCAACGAAGAUGUACGAAUGUUACUACGACUACGCCAUGACGCUCAACAGAGAUUUAGCGCACUACACGCAAAACUACAAGGCGACCAUUUACGAACUGAAGCAAACCACCAGGGAGAAGAUCACGUCCUGCGGCGUGCUGGAAACGCCCAGGUUCGGCAGGAAGAGCACUUUCUUAUUCGUACCCGGCACGAAGGUGACUUACGAAUGUAUACAAGAUUUCGUGCUAGUCGGUGAUCCUAGAAGAGAGUGCGGGGCUGAUGGAAAAUGGAAUAUUCCAGAAUAUGGAUACACGUAUUGUUUACGUCAGCAGGAAUAUUCCCAACGACAAGCAGGAAUCACGUCCGGGAUAAUAAUGUUAGUGCUCAUACCGCUCAUCCUGCUGUUCGUGUAUUUGGCGUACAGGUUCUUGAAGAAGAAACAGAAAGAACGGGAUGAGAGCAGGAUGCAGCAGGACCAAUACAGAGAGCAAUCUAGGAAAGCUCAAGAGGCAGCGACGAGGAAAUUAACCGAGCACGAGGAGGAAUACAAUUCUGAAGAGGAAGAUAAUAACAGUAACGUGACCAGUACGGGAGCUAAAGAAACAAAUAUUUACUAG